AAGAGUCAAAAAUUUUUAAUCGAAAAGAAAUUUUCCAUCUUCAUCGAUUAGUUUCCCUACUUCAAAACCAAAUUUAACACUGUCUUUCCUUAAUUUUCUCUACCUAUUUUUUUCCUUUACUUUUUUCUUUUUUCUUUUUCACUUGCUAAUAAAUUUCACUCCUUUAUUACGAAAAUACCCCUAUUAUUUGUGAAGAGUAUAACAACUGUUAUUGAAUAAAAACGACUCCGUUUUCCGCUGCGUCGCUAGUUUUCGCUACACCCCUCUCCCCUUUCUCUCUCUCCACCAUUGAAGCGAACUCUGAAUUCUCCAUUGAAGCGGCUUCUGAGCUCUAUUUCCUCCAUUGAAGCAGCUUCUGAGGAUUUUGAUUAUAUAACCCUUUAAUGUUAGGUCAAAAUUAUGAAAAAAAUGAAAAUGGACAUGUUUUCCAUGGGUCCAGGGCGCCCGCCCGUCAUGCCCUGGAUUGGGGACGGUCCUGAGUAUCGGCAUGCUGUGGAAACCACGGCCGAGUCGGAGGGUUUUGGGAGUUCGGGUCGGGUAGACACGGAGAUGACGCUUUCUGAGGAUUCGUGUUCUCCAAAGAGGAAGCGUAUCAGUUUAAAUGGGGAUAGUCAUGAUCAGUUUGGGGUUCCUAUGCAAGUUUUGUCAUUUUCAAAGAUGUCGAGAUUAGAAAGGAAGGAUUUGGAGGUUCGGUUGAGGAGGGAGCUUGAAGAGAUUCGGAUUUUACAGAGGAGAGUUGCAUCGUUUAGUACGGGUGCUGCUGUUUUAUCACCAGCGAGUGACAUUCGUAGUUGUAGUGAUGGGCAGAAGAGGCCUCCACUCGAGAAUCCUCUGAGACGACCUGAGCAUCCAGUUCAGGGGAAGAAACAGUCUGUAGGUCGUAAUGGGGCUCGUGUGAAAAAGGGGUUUUCUAAACAAAUUGAUCCUCCAAAGCAAGUCACAUCAGUAAGUACAGCUAACCCUAUGCUGAUGAAGCGAUGCGAAAACCUCUUGAGUUGGUUGAUGGGACAUCAGUAUGGUUGGGUUUUUAAUGAACCUGUUGAUGUUGUCAAGCUAAAUAUUCCUGAUUAUUAUACUGUGAUAAAGCAUCCCAUGGAUUUUAGUACAAUCAAAAACAAGUUAUCUAGAGGGGAAUACACUAAUCCAUUGGGCUUUGCAUCAGAUGUUAGGCUUACUUUUUCAAAUGCGUUGACAUACAAUCCACCUGGAAAUGAUGUUAAUUUCAUGGCCAAUGCACUUAGUAAAUCUUUUGAGCAGAGGUGGAGAGCAAUUGAGAAAAAGGUCCCAACCAAUACAGAUGCUCAGGUAUUGCCUUCUCACUUAAAUGCCCCCAUACGGAAUGAACCAACAGCCCAUCAUAUUCCACCUUCUAAGAAAAAGAAGGUUGCUCCUGUGGGAUAUGUAGGGAAGCCAGAGCCUAUUAAGAAGGUCAUUACAGUUGAUGAGAAACAUAAAUUGAGCACGGAAUUAGAGGCAUUAAUUACUGAAUUGCCAGAUACUAUAAUCGAAUUCUUGAAAGCAAAUAGUUCUGCUGAUGGGCAAGAUGGUGAGGAGGAGAUUGAGAUUGAUAUUGAUGCUCUCAGUGAUGAUGUGCUAUUUAAGCUACGAAAAUUGUUAGAUGACUUCCUGUUGGAGAAAAAGAAGAUCGAGGCAAGGGCUGAGCCCUGCGAAAUGGAGUUACAUAAUGAAUCCGGGUUUAGCAAUUCAUCUAUUCAAGCUGGAAAAGGCAAUGAUGCAGUUGAUGAGGAAAUUGAUAUUGGAGGUAGUGAUCAUCCUAUUUCAAGCAUCCCUCCAGUAGAGACAGAGAAAGAUACAGCCAAUAAGAACAAUAGAUGCAGUAGUCCAACCAGUUCCAGCAGUGACUCAGGUUCAUCAUCUAGUGAUUCAGAUUCAGGCAGUUCUAGUAGUGAAUCUGAAGGCGCAAAAGCUUUACCUCCGGGUAACAAGCUGCAGCCAACUGCGAAUGCCAACGAAAAUGCAGACCAGAAUCGAAGUGACAUUGAUCAAGAAGCUGGGAUAAACCAAUCUAGGAGCAGCUUGAGCCAAGUUGAACAAAGUUCCCAGACUAAGCCUCUGUCAAUUGAGGUGGAUGGUCAUAAAGAGGGGGAGAGUGCUCCAUCUGAGAGGCAAGUCUCCCCGGAUAAGCUAUACCGUGCUGCUUUACUGAGGAGCCGAUUUGCUGAUACAAUCCUCAAAGCUCAAGAGAAGACUCUUGAAAAGGGUGAAAAGCGUGAUCCAGAGAAAUUGCGGUUGGAAAGGGAAGAGCUUGAGAGAAGGCAAAGAGAAGAAAAGGCUAGACUACAAGCAGAAGCCAGGGCUGCAGAAGAGGCAAGAAAGAAGGCUGAAGCAGAAGCUGCGGCGGAAGCCAAAAGGAAGAGGGAAUUGGAGAGGGAGGCUGCACGUCUUGCUUUGCAGAAGAUGGAAAAAACAGUGGAUAUCAAUGAAAAUUGUCAGUUCAUGGAGGAUCUUGAGAUGCUCAGUGCUGCUCCCCCUGAUGAUCUGUCUAGUUUUAUGGGCGAUACCAGCCCAAAUAAUUCUCAAAAUGGCGGUCUGGGUAGUUUCAGAUUCAGGGGAAAUAGCAACCCCUUGGAACAACUUGGGUUAUACAGAAAAGAUGACGAUGAAGAGGAGGAGGAGGUUGAGGCCCCACAAAAUGCUACAGAUUCAGCAGCAAACGAUGUAGAGGAGGGGGAAAUCGAUUGACUAAGACCUUAAACUCUUCCCAAGCGUGCCAGUAUUUCUAACUCAAAUGGAGGACUGAUUUCCAUAGGAUGUUGGGAUACGGUUCGUUCAUUUGUCUAUCUCUGCUUUGGAGCUUUUCAUGAACAGUCAAAUGGAAGCAGAGUUUAGCUCGUUAAUAGUUCAGCUACGAGGCCCCUUGGAUAAUCUUGGUUUAGCUUCGAUUUUACAGUGUUGGAGGUUAUUUGUCAUUUGUGCAAAAACCUACAUAAAAAAAGUAAGCUGUGGCAUUCAUUGUCAGGGUGAAGGUAGCUCAGUUAAUCAGGCUUUUUUUGCCCUUUAUUUUUCCUGUAAAAAAGCAAAAUUAUUAUGUAACGUGAACCAUGGCACUGCUCCAGAAUCAGGGGUUUUUAGUACAUGUUUGGCACUGCAUUAGAAUCAGGGUUAGUACAUGCAUGCCUGCUUUAUAACCGCGGGACUUAAUUUAUCGAACCUUAAUUGUUCAUACACUCAGCAAACAGAAGGGGGAAAAAAAUAUUCGAUCUUUUUUCUGUUAAACUCUCAAACUCGCAAGUCCUAACUUCCCAUGUAUUUGCGAUUUUGCGUACAUCUUUGAAAAAAAAAUGAGGCAUUUUUAAUGGAUACUUGGUGAAUGUCUUGGGUUAUGCCA